GUUAUUGACAAACAUCUUCCCAAUGCACAUACGUAUGCAGAUGACACCCUGAUUUAUCAUUCGUUUCGGCCGGAUACGUCUUUAUCACAAGAUGCUGCACUAAAGAGUAUUGAAAACUGUGUUGCUGACAUUCGUGCCUGGAUGCUUUCUAACCGUCUCUUGAUAAAUGAUUCCAAGACUGAAUUUAUUAUCAUCGGUUCAAAGCAGCAAAUGUCAAAGAUUAACAUCAAUGAAAUUACAGUUGGUAAAUCUACGAUCGAGCCUGUGGAGGUGGUUCAAAGCCUCGGAAUGUGGUUUGACUCACAUAUGUCGAUGGAUAUUCACAUCGGAAAAGUGUGUAGUAAGGCGUUUCGCAGCCUCUAUAAUAUCCGGCAGAUAAGGAAAUUCCUUUCAGAAGAUACAACAAAGAUUUUCGUUCAUGCUUUUGUUACUUCACACCUGGACUACUGUAACUCAUUGUUUUAUUGUUUCCCACAGUCUCAAUAUGAUAGGUUACAAAGAGUUCUCAAUGCUGCAGCACGUGUGGUCUGUUUAAUCCCCAAAUUCGAUCAUAUUACUCCCGUUUUGAUUGGCCUUCAUUGGCUUCCUGUACGGUAUCGGGUGAUUUUCAAGAUUUUGUUGCUGGUGUACAAGGCUCUUCAUGCUAAUGCACCGCCUUAUAUCUCAGACCUUCUGACACCUAAGCAUAUUGGUUGCUACAGCCACCGCUCGAAUGAGCACAAUUUGCUAAUAGUUCCUAAGACAAUGAGGAAAACGUUUGACGACAGAGCUUUUGCCAAGGCUGGUCCAUUUUUGUGGAAUGAACUUCCCGCUGACAUUCGUGAAGCGUCAACAGUGGAAACUUUUAAAAGCAGACUUAAGACCUUUCUUUUUAGAAAGGCAUUUUAUCUUUAA